AUGCCGAACAGAUUUAUGCGCAAGCUAACCCUCGUGAAGUUGAUCCUGCAGGGAAAGGCUGAUCCAGACGCAUACAUUGAGUGGGAACAGAAGAUGGAUGCUUUAUUCAAGCUUCAAAGGUUCAGUGAGGAGAGGAAAGUCAGGCUAGCCGCAACAGAGUUUGAGGGAUAUACUAUUACGUGGUGGCAAAAUCUCUCCAGCAUCAGGAGACGCAAUGAUGAAUCAAUAACUUCAUGGCAUGAGAUGAAGGAGGUUAUGAGAAACAGAUUUGUUCCCAUCCACUAUGGGCGCGAUCUCCACAAGAAACUCAGGAAACUAUCUCAAGGAACCAGGAGCGUAGAGGAGUAUCAUCUUGAGAUGGAAACCUUCGUGAUCAAGGCUAAAGUUGAGGAGGAAGUUGAAGCCACGAUGGCUAGAUUCCAAGAUGGACUGAAUACGGAUAUCCAAGACAGGUUGGAGAUGCAAGACUUCCAUACCCUUGAGGAGAUGGUUCAUAAAGCCACACUGAUUGAACAACAGCGCAAGAGAUGGAAUGCCACACGAAGUCCUUUUGGUUCUAACUCAAAAUCUUCUUACUCCAAGGAUGACAAGUCAAACGCCAAGCCAAAGGAGGGAACUCCCUCAACUUCAUCAACACCAUCGACAACUACCCGUGAGGACAAAGGCAAGGGACCAGCAACACCAGUAAGGGCCACAAACAUCAAGUGCUUUAGGUGUCAGGGUUAUGGUCAUUAUGCCAAUGAAUGCACCAGUAAGAAAGUCAUGAUUGUCUUAGCUAAUGGAGAAGUUAUCUCAGAGGAUGAACAAGAAGAAGACGAGUCUGAUGGGGAAGAAGAUAUGGACUACCCUGUUAAGGGUGAGAUGUUAGUUACUAGAAGAGCCUUGAACGUCCAGCCUAAAGCCAAGGAGACAGAGCAGAGAGAGAACUUAUUCCACACAAGGUGCCUGGUGCAAAGUAAAGUGUGUAGUCUGAUCAUAGAUGGAGGGAGUUGUACCAAUGCAGCAAGUGAAACCUUUGUGGAGAAGCUUGGGCUAUCCGUACAUAAACAUCCACGACCAUACUUGCUUCAAUGGCUGAGCGACAUAGGAGGAGAGCUAAGGGUGACAAAACAAGUGAAGGUACCACUCACGAUUGGAAGGUACCAAGACGAAAUCACUUGUGAUGUAUUACCCAUGGGUUCCAGUCAUAUCCUGUUGGGGAGGCCGUGGCAAUUCGACAGAAGGGUGCUGCAUGAUGGAUUCACCAAUAGACAUUCCUUUUCCCAUGGAGGAAAACAGAUCACACUUGUUCCUUUGACGCCACAUGAAGUAUAUGAAGAUCAGAUGUGCCUCAAGCAAAGAAAGGAGGCAGCCGAAGCUGCUGCAAAAGCUCUACUGGUAAAGGGAGCUGAUCAGGAAUACAAGGAUGUCUUUCCAGAUGAUAGCCCCGUUGGCUUGCCACCCAUCAGAGGCAUUGAGCACCAGAUUGAUCUUGUACCAGGAGCUACACUUCCUAAUCGUCCAGCCUACAGGACCAACCCUGUGGAGACUAAGGAGCUCCAGAAACAAGUCAAUGAGCUGCUGGAGAAGGGACACAUCCGAGAAAGUAUGAGCCCGUGUGCUGUACCAGUACUACUAGUUCCCAAGAAGGAUGGGAGCUGGCACGUUGACUUAAAGAGUGGUUACCACCAGAUUAGAAUGAAAGAGGGAGAUGAGUGA